UAUGGCGGCUGUGUUGAAGUUGCGACGGGAAUGCUGCGCCUUUGACUGAGGGGGUAGGCUAGGCGAGGCAUCAGGGACGUUGUGCGGUUCAGCAGCAGACCGGCCCGGACGUCCGGGACGCUGUCAUGUACGGUGCCGGCGGGGGCCGCGCCAAGCCAGAGAGGAAAGGCGGAGCGAAGGAGGAGGCCGGGCCCGGCGGCACCGGCACUGGGGGCAACCGGGUGGAGCUUCUGGUUUUCGGCUAUGCCUGCAAGUUGUUCCGCGACGACGAGCGGGCUUUGGCCCAAGAACAGGGACAGCACCUCAUCCCCUGGAUGGGGGACCACAAGAUCCUCAUCGACAGAUAUGACGGGCGUGGUCACCUGCAUGACCUCUCUGCGUACGAUGCUGAGUACGCCACGUGGAACCGAGACUACCAGCUGUCUGAAGAGGAGGCGCGGGUAGAGGCGCUGUGUGAUGAAGAGAGGUAUUUAGCCUUGCAUACGGACUUGCUUGAGGAGGAGGCAAGGCAAGAGGAAGAAUACAAAAGAUUGAGUGAAGCACUGGCAGAGGAUGGGAACUACAGUGCUGUAGGGUUCACUUACGGCAGUGACUAUUAUGACCCAUCAGAGCCCACAGAAGAGGAGGAGCCUUCAAAGCAGAGAGAGAAAAGUGAGGCUGAAAACUUGGAAGAAAAUGAAGAGCCUUUCAUUGCCCCUCUAGGAUUAAGUGUCCCGUCUGACGUGGAGCUGCCACCAACAGCCAAGAUGCAUGCCAUCAUUGAGCGUACAGCCAACUUCGUGUGUAAGCAGGGAGCACAGUUUGAGAUCAUGCUGAAGGCCAAGCAAGCACGGAACUCGCAGUUCGACUUCCUUCGAUUUGAUCACUACCUCAACCCCUACUACAAAUUCAUCCAGAAAGCCAUGAAGGAAGGACGGUACACGGUGCUGGCAGAGAACAAGAACGAGGAGAAGAAAAAGUCGGGGACGACCUCUGACAAUGAAGAUGAAGAUGAGGAGGAGGAUGGGAGUUACCUACACCCGUCUCUCUUUGCUUCCAAGAAGAGCAGCCGCUUGGAAGAGCUGAUGAAGCCUUUGAAGGUGGUGGACCCGGAUCACCCUCUAGCAGCCCUUGUCCGUAAAGCACAGGCUGACAGCUCAGCUCCAGCCCCUCCCACUGCAGAUGGCACACCCACACAGCCCUCCCAGGUGGAGUACACGACAGACUCAACCGUGGCAGCCAUGUACUACAGCUACUACAUGUUGCCAGAUGGCACCUACUGCCUAGCACCACCUCCACCUGGGAUCGAUGUGGCCACUUACUACAGCACCCUUCCUGCUGGAGUGACUGUGUCCAGUUCGCCCAGUGUGACUACCACUGUACCACCACUUCCCGGGACCACACCUCCUCCACCCCCAACCACAGCUGAAACAAGCAGUGGGGUUACCUCCACAACCACCACCACAAGUGCGCUUGCUCCCGUGGCCAUCAUACCCCCGCCCCCUGACAUCCAGCCUGUGAUUGAUAAGCUGGCAGAGUACGUCGCUAGAAACGGCCUUAAAUUUGAGACCAGUGUUCGAGCCAAGAACGAUCAGAGAUUUGAGUUCCUUCAGCCCUGGCACCAGUACAACGCCUACUAUGAGUUUAAAAAGCAGUUCUUUCUGCAGAAGGAAGGAGGUGGUAGCACACAGGCAGCAUCAACAGCUGAAGAGGCUCCUACAGAAAACGCUGCUGAAGAGUCAAGUGAAGCUGGGGAGGACGGCGCUCCUGAGGCUUCAUUUGCUCCAAUAAGCUUUGCCAUCAAGGCCAAGGAAAACGACCUCCUUCCCCUGGAAAAAAACCGAGUCAAACUGGAUGAUGAUAGUGAAGAAGAUGAAGAAGGCAGGGAAUGCCAGGAAAGCACAAGCAGUGUGGCCAACCCCAGCCCAGCUGCAGCCCCACCCUGUGUGGUUGUGGAGGAAAAGAAACCCCAGCUUACCCAGGAGGAGCUAGAAGCAAAGCAAGCAAAACAGAAGCUGGAGGAUCGUCUUGCUGCUGCUGCCCGGGAAAAGCUGGCCCAGGCAUCCAAGGAAUCAAAGGAGAAGCAGCUUCAGGCUGAACGUAAAAGGAAAGCAGCUUUGUUUUUACAAACCUUAAAAAAUCCUCUUCCAGAAUCAGAAGUUGGGAAGCUUGAGGAAAGUGCUUUCAGUGUGGAGGAAACUGGUGUCAUGCCUUGUCCUCUGCUGGUUGGAGGCAGAACUCUGCCCAUGUUGGAGGUGAAGCCUCCAGAAAGGCCUUCAAGCAGAUGCAGAGACCCACCUAGAGAAGAAGAAAGAGAAAAGAAGAAGAAGAAGCACAAAAAACGGUCUCGAACGAGGUCCCGCUCCCCCAAGUACCACUCAUCUUCCAAGCCCAGGUCUAGAUCCCACUCAAAAGCAAAGCACUCCCUGCCCAGUGCCUACCGGACAGUGCGGCGGUCGAGGCCCUCAGCCUCCCCAGGGAUCUUGAGUGUGGAGCCUUGUCCCAGCAGCUCGGCAGUGGCGGCAGCACAGCAGGAGAGUUAUCAGGCAGCCUCGGCCUCGAGCAGCUUUGACUCCUGGAGCUCUUUUGAGGGGAAACCUGGUAAACCGUCAAGGUGUCUGACUGCCCCCACCUCUGUAGUCUGUAUAGCCUAGGGAAGGUCUGGGGAGGCACGCCGCCUAGACCAGCCCUGCUGGAGAAGCCGGCAUGGGCUCAUGGGAGCCAGGGUGUGACCAGAACUUGAUUUCCUGAACAACUGUGUGUUGUUUGUAUUGGGAGGGAGGACUUCGUUGUGCUUAGAAUGAUUCAAUGAAGAACUUUUUCAAAUGAAGGAAUCAAACUGCUCUCUUUAUAUUGUUUUUGAGUGGGUUGUCAUGGAAACAGAACAAAGAGAGGAGUUUGAGUUUGUUAGGGCUUUUUUUCCCACCUAAAUUUCUGCUUAUUGCAGAUUUUCCUGAAGUAGCAGAUGGACGGAGAACUAAAAUUAAAGUCUCAAGCCAUCACUGAGAAACCCUCUAUUAAGGAUCUGUACACCCCAAAGGGUGAGGUGGUCUUGAGGGUCUUUCUUGCUUUUUGUGGAAUAUAUUCCGGCAUGAAUCAAAGAAUAAGUAUUAGUAGAUGGUUUUGUGACCAUGAAGCCCCCCAUAAACUUAAAGUAGUCAGUCUGUCAUGAGGGCAUCAUGUUCUGAGCAGAUGCAGGGUUUGGGCUUCAUGCCAAUGGCCCUGCAGUGUGCUCCUGAUGCCUCCUGCCAUGCGGCCUGAGAUGAGUGACAGGAGGAUGGCCAGAUGCAGCCUGCAGUCCUUGGCUUCUCAGCUUUUAGUUUCUCCCUACUGCCAUUAUCUCAGCACCUUUUUCUGCCUGAAGGUAGGAGCAUCUUCAGUGAGCUGAAAGCUUCAGGCCGAGAGUGAGCACAAGGCAGGAGCAGGGGAGUGCAAGCGCAGCCUCCUGGAGACAUGCGCCUUGCUGUAGUGCAGGCAGGGGUGGGGAGAGGUGCUGUGCCUCCAAGCUGGUGUCAGUAUGUAGGGCCUCUAAAGAAGCAGGGCUCUGAGCAGCCUGCAUCUCAGACAGGGGCUUCUCGCCUCAUGCUAGGGAUGUGCAUACCACAAAGACCAGGCCUCAGACAGAACUAAACUCCACCUUGU